GAGGAGGGAAACUGCUGUGACAGUCUAUCAGGUUCAUGUGCCUUUAGCAGUGCCUUAGUUACCAGCCAGCCAGCAGCACAUCUGAGGCAUAGGCUGCUGCAUAUAGAGAUCUGCUCCCUCAUCCAUCCUUCAAGCACAGACAGCCGGGCAGCACUGCAACAUGGGGAAGAAGAUGAAGAAAGGCUGCGACUGCAAACGGAUACUGAAAAACAACUGGCUGCUCCUGACUACCGUGGUGGCUGUGGUUCUAGGUAUUGGACUUGGAGUUCUGGUACGGGAAUAUGGAAAACUUUCUAACUUGGAUAAAAUAUAUUUUGCUUUUCCUGGAGACAUUCUGAUGCGAAUGUUAAAACUCAUCAUUUUGCCGUUGAUUGUUUCCAGCAUGAUCACAGGUGUAGCUGCUCUGGAUUCCAGUGUAUCCGGGAAAAUUGGUCUGCGGGCUGUUGUGUAUUAUUUCUGCACUACUGUAAUAGCGGUUAUUCUAGGAAUUGUGUUGGUGGUGACCAUAAAACCAGGAGUAUCUCAAAGUGCUGAUGAUAUUGACAGGACAGGCAGUACACCAGAAGUUACUACAGUAGAUGCACUGCUUGACCUGCUGAGAAACAUGUUCCCAGAAAAUAUUGUCCAGGCAUGCUUCCAACAGUUCAAGACCAAGCGUGAAGAGCUGAAACCAACAAAAGAUCCUGACAAGAACAGCAGCAUCGAGAAGAAUGACACACUAGAGCUAUUUUCGACAGAUCAAGAGAACAAAACAAAGGAAUACAAACUUGUCGGCCUCUACACUGAUGGAGUCAAUGUCUUAGGCCUCAUUGUGUUUUGUCUCGUAUUUGGAAUUGUUAUUGGAAAAAUGGGAGAAAAGGGACAAGUUCUGGUGGAUUUCUUUAAUGCACUGAAUGAUGCAACUAUGCAAAUAGUUCAAAUCAUCAUGUGGUACAUGCCCAUUGGAAUUAUGUUUUUGAUUGCAGGGAAGAUAAUUGAAGUGAAUGACUGGGAAAUCUUCCGCAAGCUUGGCCUCUAUAUGGCGACAGUAAUCAGUGGACUCGCCAUUCAUUCCAUUAUUAUUUUGCCACUGAUUUACCUUGUGAUAGUGAGGAAGAAUCCUUUCCGCUUUGCAAUGGGCAUGGCACAGGCCUUGCUUACAGCUCUCAUGAUAUCUUCAAGCUCAGCAACUUUGCCAGUAACUUUCCGCUGCGCUGAAGAGAAGAACCGGGUGGACAAGAGAAUCACCAGAUUUGUCUUACCAGUAGGAGCCACAAUCAAUAUGGAUGGCACAGCUCUGUAUGAGGCAGUGGCAGCAGUGUUCAUAGCACAGCUGAAUGAUAUGAGCCUGGAUGUGGGUCAGAUUGUCACAAUUAGUGUUACAGCCACGGCAGCCAGUGUGGGAGCUGCUGGAGUACCCCAGGCCGGCCUGGUUACCAUGGUGAUCGUUCUGAGUGCUGUAGGGCUGCCAGCAGACGAUGUCACUCUCAUCAUCGCUGUUGACUGGCUCCUGGAUCGAUUUAGAACCAUGGUAAAUGUUCUUGGUGAUGCUUUUGGGACUGGGAUAGUAGAGAAGCUCUCCAAGAAAGAACUCGAGCAAAUGGAUGUCACAUCGGAAGGCAACAUUGCCAACCCCUUCGCCAUUGAGCCAAGUGUAUUGAAAAACGAAGAUGAUGAUGAUGGGAAAAAGUCCUAUGUGAAUGGUGGAUUUGCUGUAGAUAAGUCAGAUGCCAUAUCUUUCACCCAGAUAUCGCAGCUCUGAGUGACCCAAGUGUGCUGAGUGCACUGGGAUUCCAAGGGACACUGAGUAUGAUACAAAGAUGACUAGUGAGAUUUUUCUUUUCAAUAUUUGGAUGCAAGCUUUUUUUGCUCCUUGCGAGCAGGUUAAAUGGAAAGACGAGUUGUAAAAUAUUUCUCUUUUUUAAUACUGGAAUAUCUAAAUACCACCAUUUUUGAAUGUAUACUCAGAAUUAGCAUGUUUAUUACCUGUAUUUUAAUAUCUAGGUCAGUAAUAUGAAACUUUUGCAUUAGCUCUUCUGAAGCACAGGAACGAAUAAUGGGCCUGCUACAUGUUUGUAAGUAAAGCAAAACAGCAAUAAACUGGGCAAAACCAUGUUAGGCUACAGGUGGGGCAGGUGUAAUAUGUGCAGAGAGAUUUAGAUUUGGGUGGGUUGUGUUCUGAAAUCAAAACUGCAGUAUAAAAAUAAAGCUGUCUAACAUUUGUGGGCUACAUGCAAAAGCAGCCAGUAUUUACCCUGCACAGAAAUAAUAUAAAUGUAUUUGCUCCCCUUGCAUGGCAACAUGGAUUGUUCCAGAUACAAAGUUACUUGCUUUUUUGCUUUACUUACAAACAUGAAUCAGGCCCAAUAUUCUUACUUCUUGGGUCUUCUUCAUUUGGUUUAAUGGACCACUACACAUAAAAUGCAAGUCGCCUUACAUAACACAUUUUCUGCUAACUAGAUAUUGCUGAGUUCACAUACAGAACUGUUUUACAUAUUCUACAUGACUUCCUGUCAUUCAAUCUAUUAAAGAAGGAACCUUGGAGUGGGGACUAGCAGGGCACAAUAACAAUAAGCUCUUUUAUUAAAUAAAUAUUUACAGUAUGAAUCAUACAAGAUGCCUUUUCAUAAUGGAUCUUCUAUGUUAUGCCUAGUGGUCCCCCCUCAAAAAAAAAAAAAUGCCUUUUAAAUACUUGCACAGAACAGCACUUAUCUGUAUAUUGUGCCAUAAUAUUAUAUUUGUUAGUGCAUUGCGAAUAUGACAAAGAUUCACUUUUAGGGCUGGAUGUAAUGGCUUGCAAGACGGCCGGAGCUCCGAGACUCUGGCCGAACUCGUACAUCUUUUUAAAGCAGCAAAUA